AUGGAUUCGAUGCGCAGCCUGAACACGUCGCUCCCCAAGACGAGGCGACAGCCCGACGUGCACCAGUCGUUCCGGACGGCGGCACUCAACGUCACCAACCUGUACAAGUCGGCGCUUGCCGACCUCGACAGGGCCCGCUCCGACGGCUACCAGGAGGCUCUGGACGACCUGCUGGCCUUCCUGGACAAGGAGAACAUGGGGGCGGGCGGCGGCGAGGGAGGCCGGAUACGGCAGUGGGCAACCGAGCGCCUGGAUGGAUCUCUGCCCAAGCAGUCGGGCAGCGAGAGCGACGAGGAGUACCUGGACGACAAGCGCGCCCGCAGCUCCUCUCCCAUCAUGGAGCGAAACCUCGGCCUCGACGACGCACGCACUCUCGAACCAGCUGCGGAAGCCGGGCACCGCUGCGACUCUGCACCGCCGCCGGUGCACAUGGAAGCCAUGACGACCGAAGCCGAGCUGUCACCCUUGCACCACGUUUUCCAGUUCUCCGCACCCCAGGCCUUCCCCUCGGGCCCGACAGCAGACAAUAACAACAACAACAACAGCAACAACAACGCAAUCGACAUGUCGGCCUCGGCCCGCCACGCCUUCUCCAGCCCUCGCCGCUCGUCGAACCGCCCCGCCCCGCGAAACCUCCAGCGCUCUGCGGCGCAAAACCUCUUCCAGCUGGGCAAUGGCGCAGGGCAGAAGCGGCGGCUCAUGAACGACUUCUUCAACGUGGACGGUUUCAACGACGGGCGAGACGGCUCUUCGGGCGGACCCAAGCGCGGGCGCAUGUCGUGA